GGUGGAGAGCGCACAGUUAAGAGAUUGCGGCUUUCAAAGGCCCUGACAGUACCUGACACGACAACCAUUCGUGAAGCAUGUUGUCGGAUGGCAGCUCGUAGAGUUGAUGCCCUGCUACUCACUGAUUCAAAUGCACUACUGUGUGGAAUCCUUACAGACAAGGAUGUGACAACAAAAGUUAUUGCACAUGGGAUCAGUCUUGAAGAUCCAGUUGCGACGGUUAUGACAAGGAAACCGGUUUUUGUGCUUUCGGAUACCCUUGCUGUUGAUGCCUUGCAGAAGAUGGUGAAUGGGAAAUUCAGACAUCUGCCUGUAGUGGAGAAAGGAGAAGUAAUUGCUUUACUUGAUAUAGCAAAAUGUCUGCAUGAUGCUAUUAUUCGUAUGGAACGAGUUGCUGAAAGGGGAAAGUUAAUGGCGGCUGCUGUUGAAGGUGCUGAGAAACACUUGGGGACACAAAUAUGUGGUCAAAAUGCAUUCAUCGAGACACUCCGGGAGAGAAUGUUAAGGCCAUCCCUGUCUACAACCAUUUCUUCCAAUACAAAGAUCGUAGCUCUCUUACCAACAGAUACAGUAGUAGUGGCAGCAAAGAAGAUGCUUGAAAGCCAAGCAGCCUCUGCAGUUGUAACACUUGAUGGAAAACUACAGGGGAUUCUGACGUCAAAGGAUAUUCUAAUGCGCGUUAUUGCACAAGACCUUCAGCCUGAGGCUACUUUCGUGGACAUGGUUAUGACCCCGAACCCAGAAUGUGCAACAGUUGAUACACCAAUUGUCGACGCACUGCAUACCAUGCAUGAUGGAAAAUUUUUACACCUUCCAGUUGUUGACAGAGAUGGAGUUGUUGUUGCUGUCGUUGAUGUACUUAAUAUCACUCAUGCUGCUAUUGCCACUGUGGGAAAUUCCGGGGUUAAUAGUGAGUCUGCGAGCAGCAUGAUGCAAAAAUUUUGGGACCAUGUAAUGUCUUUAAGCCCCCUCACUGAUGAUGAUGAAGAUACGCGGAGUGAGACUUCGACGAAACUGAUGAAUGAAGGAACAGAGAUAGGGAAAAAUCCUUCACAGAUGAAUACAACUUUUAAUUUCAAGAUUCAAGAUAGAAAGGGGCAUAUGCAUAGGUUCAGUUGUGAAACCCGAAGAAUGUCAGAACUGGUAAAUGCCUUGAUACACAGAGUCGGAGAUGACAUUGACCGCGCCAACAUGCCUAAUAUUUUGUAUGAGGAUGAAGACCGUGACAGAGUCAUACUUGCAUCAGAUAGUGAUCUGGUGGAUGCUUUGGAGUAUGCAAGAUCAACAGGUUUAAAGGAACUGAGGCUGCAUCUAGAGUAUUCAGUGACAACACCUCGUCCCAAGAGGGCUGCUAGAAACAUGAGCUAUGGAAAAGCAAAUGCAUCGCGGGCCUCUACAUCACAGGCUCCUAUAUACUACAUUGUUGCAGCAGGGACUGUAUUGGUUGUCGGAUUUGGGGUUCUUGCAUACUUACGAAGAGCUAGAAACUGAUUUAUUGUAGAAUGUUUUUAUUUAUCAAUGACUUUAU